AUGCUGAUUGAUUUUUUAUCUGUUGAUAAAGAUCUUAUUCGUGUUGAAGGAAAAGGAGGUUUCAGUGUUCUUCAUCAUGUUGCUUUGGAUGAAAAUUACAUUCAUCUUUUGUCUCGGGUUUUGAAUACUUGUCCCGAUUGUAUCUUUGAUUUGACUGUUAGGAGGCAAACUGCUUUGCAUAUUGCUGCAGAAAGCAAUAACUUUGAAGCAUUUAAAGCGAUGUUGGAAUGGAUUCAAAGUGCUUUUGAAGACAAUAAGUCUAUGAGAAGUAAAAUACUGAACUUUCAGGAUAAGGAUAGCAACACUGUACUGCACUUAGCUGCAUCAAUUAACCACCCCCAGAUGAUUAAACUGUUGAUAGAAUGUGGCGAAGUAGACAAGAACAAGAUCAAUGACCGUGGUUUUACAGCAAUGGAUGUGUUACAAAGACAAACUGUAGCAGACAACACGGAGAGUGUGAACAUCCUAAGCAGUAAUCCCCUUACGUUUCAAAAGUUGUCAAAGUUCAAAUUACUGAGAGAUGAGAUAAAAGAGAUGAGAGACAAAACAAUGGGUGUAUUACUCUUCGUAUUCUCACUGGUUCUAACAAUGACAUACCAAGGAGUUCUCAGGCCUCCGGGCAGCAUUUCCCAGGGCGAUGCAACUGAAUCAGCUAGUUCAAAUCAUCGUGAAGGGAAAUCAGUGAUGAAGGUGUCUAGUUUUCUUCUUUUCUACAUUCCAAAUGGGGCGGCUUUUAUUAUAUCUUGGGUCAUGACACAAUUACGGUUGGAAUCCGUAGCUAAAAGUAUUAUGUCUUUUUUGUCACCAAUUUACCUUAUGGUGUGUUUCUGCUCCGGGGUUGCUUUGUCAACUAUAGCACCUUCAACUACUCUCGAAAAGGGUCUCUAUUGGUGGGUGGGUAAUGGUCGCUCUAUCACUAUCUGGAACAAUGAUUGGCUUCCAGGCAUUGUCCCCAGUUGUAUUGUACACUCAUCUGUUACUACUACUAUUACUUGGGUGAGUGAUUUGAUGUUACAGGGUUUGGCUCAGUGGAAUCAUACCUUGGUCCGUGAGUUGUUUUCGACUGUUGAGGCAGAUCGCAUUCUAAGCAUUCUUCUCUCUCGUCAGCUGGUGAUGAUUUGA